UUCUCUGAGGGCUACCCAAAAGCGGCUUUCCCCCUCCCCCUCUACAGGAAGUUACAUCCAGAGCAGUGGCUUCGGUUCUUUGCGAAGUGUAACAUGUGAGCAUUACUAGGCAUUUCAUCCUGCGGGUCUGCAGUCUGUGCUAUAAAGACUAUUGCUCUGUUGGAACACUGCUGCGGUGCUAUUUUGUGCCCUGUUGACGUGAUCUGCAAUUACUUUUUAAGGCACUGGAUUUUUAUAUGGUUUGCAGUAGCAUCUACCGCACAGAAAAUCCUUUAUUGGUGACAAUAUUUGGAUAAAGAGAACAUUUAACUUGAAGAACCAGCAGGCUGACAUAGAUGCAGAUCUUCAAAUAAAGAAGUUGGCUGAAAGACGAUGUGUGGAACCUGAAUUUCCUUUUUACCUCCUCUUUUUUUUUUACAUCGGUCUGAAGGAAGGCUAUAAUGGGAGCUCUAUUCAUACUGAGAUCAAAAGAAGCACUCAAAUGAUGAACUACUUCUGAAUGAAAAGUCUAAAGCAAUAAUUCAAGUGCUUGUGCUUUGGUAUUUUGCUAAAGCUUUCGUCAUUGCCAGCAUUUAUGCCUUGUGCAUUCCCUGUUGGAUCAGCUCACGCAACGACGUGAUGGUGGAAAACAAAUAUUCUGCAUUUCUUUUUUGAUGGAUGGAGUAAAGCAGUCUUUGUUGCGGUCUGCUGGGGAAUCUGGAUCAAACAAGCAAUAUUAUUAUCCAAGUCUCAUUGUCCUUUGUUGUCUGACUCAUCACAUGUAAAUGUACUGCAGCUUAGUGGUACAUACAUUGCAGGGAUUUGUACAAAGAGAAGAAAUGUCAUCAUUGGAGCUCUAUAAUUCUGAAUAGCUGCUGAGAACAGAUUGCAUUUCUCUGGUGAAUUUCUGACAGUAAGAGAAAUAAAAUUGUUAGUUACAGAAUUAUGAACUGGAACACUUGGGACAGUCAUGUAUGCCUUUUAUGGUAGAAUACCUACUACUGUUAACUGGGAACUGACCUUUCGGAAGUGGAGAAAGCUGUGAUCAUCUCUGCCAGAGCAAUUGUCUUCUUGUUUCAUUCUGUAUAGAAUGGUGUUAUGUUGUCUAUAACAAUGAUUUUACUGUUCAGAAAUUCUAUUCUGUAGAAAUUUAACAGAAUCAGCUGGCUUGGUAACAAGCAUCAGCAUAUUUAUAUAUACUAUUGUAAUUUAUACUUUAAUAUUGGUUGAGCAAAUAGUAUUUUAGUACUUGAGUGCUAUAAAGUAAUAGAAUUAUUUUAUAGAUUUUUUGGGAAAACCUCAUUAGCUGAAUAACUCAGGUUACAGAAUCUGGCAAAUAAGAGGUCAUUUAAUUAUAUCACUUAAAGAUUUCAGAACAGCAAUAGUUCUCACAAAUUAUGUUUAAAAAGACUUUCUAUGUGGUGUUAGCUGUGAUUAGAAUAAGACUCUUACAAAUCUAGUUUUCAUCUUCAAACGGAUCGAAUGAGUCGCGUAUGUAUUGUUGUUUUGGAGGAGGUGGAAGAUGAUUCUCCCACAUUUGUUUCCAAACUGCCUCAGGAAAGCAUAUCUCUACAUCCUUCACCUCCAGCACAUGGCUUGCCCCCACUAGUUCAAGCUAUAUUUAAUGGGGACCCUGAUGAGGUUCGUGCACUGAUUUUUAAGAAGGAAGAUGUCAACUUUCAGGAUAAUGAAAAGCGGACACCUUUACAUGCUGCUGCCUAUCUGGGAGAUGCAGAAAUUAUCGAGCUGCUUAUUUUAUCGGGAGCUAGAGUUAAUGCCAAAGACAGCAAAUGGUUGACUCCUUUACACAGAGCUGUUGCAUCAUGUAGUGAGGAUGCUGUACAGGUGUUGUUGAAGCAUUCAGCAGAUGUCAAUGCCCGUGACAAAAAUUGGCAAACACCCCUACACAUAGCAGCUGCAAAUAAAGCAGUCAAGUGUGCAGAAGCCUUGGUGCCACUUCUUAGCAAUGUAAAUGUGUCUGACCGGGCUGGUAGAACAGCAUUACAUCACGCAGCCUUCAGUGGACAUGUUGAGAUGGUCAGUUUAUUGUUGUCUAGAGGUGCCAAUAUUAAUGCCUUUGACAAGAAAGACAGAAGGGCUAUUCAUUGGGCAGCAUAUAUGGGUCAUAUUGAAGUAGUGAAGCUGCUUAUAGCCCAUGGAGCAGAAGUGACCUGUAAAGACAAGAAAUCAUAUACGCCGCUACAUGCUGCAGCUUCUAGUGGAAUGAUCAGUGUAGUCAAAUACCUUCUAGAUCUUGGAGUUGAUAUGAAUGAACCAAAUGCAUAUGGGAACACACCUCUUCAUGUUGCUUGUUUCAAUGGACAAGAUGUUGUAGUAAAUGAACUGAUAGACUGUGGUGCUAAUGUAAAUCAAAUGAAUGAGAAGGGAUUUACACCUUUACACUUUGCUGCUGCUUCAACUCAUGGCGCACUAUGUUUAGAACUCCUGGUUUGUAAUGGCGCUGAUGUGAAUAUGAAGAGUAAAGAUGGAAAAACACCAUUGCAUAUGACAGCAAUUCAUGGAAGAUUUUCGAGAUCACAAACUAUCAUCCAGAAUGGAGCUGAAAUAGACUGUGAAGAUAAGAAUGGAAAUACACCUUUGCACAUAGCAGCCAGAUAUGGCCAUGAGCUGCUCAUCAACACGUUGAUUACAAGUGGUGCUGACACUGCAAAGCGGGGUAUACAUGGAAUGUUUCCUCUCCAUUUGGCAGCAUUAAGUGGAUUUUCAGAUUGUUGCAGAAAGCUGCUUUCAUCAGGCUUCGACAUAGAUACUCCAGAUGAUUUUGGCAGGACCUGUCUUCACGCAGCUGCAGCCGGAGGGAAUUUAGAAUGCCUAAAUCUGCUGCUCAACACAGGUGCAGACUUCAAUAAGAAAGACAAAUUUGGCAGAACGCCGCUCCAUUAUGCUGCAGCCAAUUGUAAUUACCAGUGCCUGUUUGCGCUUGUGGGUUCUGGAGCUAGUGUAAAUGAUCUUGAUGAAAGGGGUUGUACCCCACUGCACUAUGCAGCUGCUUCAGACACUGAUGGAAAGUGUCUGGAAUACUUAUUACGAAAUGAUGCAAAUCCAGGAAUUCGAGACAAACAAGGAUAUAAUGCAGUUCAUUAUUCUGCUGCUUAUGGUCAUCGCUUAUGCCUUGAAUUGAUUGCCAGUGAAACACCUCUAGAUGUUUUAAUGGAAACAUCAGGAACUGACAUGCUGAAUGAUUCAGACAACAGGGCACCAAUUAGUCCAUUGCACUUAGCUGCCUACCAUGGACAUCAUCAAGCUCUGGAAGUGUUAGUACAAUCUUUGUUAGACCUGGAUGUCCGGAACAAUAAUGGAAGAACACCAUUAGAUCUUGCAGCUUUUAAAGGACAUGUUGAAUGUGUGGAUGUACUCAUCAAUCAGGGAGCGUCUAUCUUGGUGAAAGACUACAUUGUAAAGAGAACACCAAUACAUGCUGCAGCUACAAAUGGACAUUCAGAAUGCUUGCGGUUGUUGAUAGGAAAUACAGAACCACAGAAUGCUGUAGAUAUUCAAGAUGGAAAUGGACAGACCCCUUUGAUGUUGUCUGUUCUCAAUGGGCACACAGAUUGUGUAUAUUCACUGCUUAACAAAGGAGCAAAUGUAGAUGCCAAAGAUAAAUGGGGACGAACAGCAUUACAUAGAGGGGCAGUUACUGGUCAUGAGGAGUGUGUAGAAGCAUUGCUUCAACAUAGUGCAAAGUCCAUACUACGAGAUUGCAGAGGACGGACACCUAUACACUUAUCAGCUGCAUGUGGCCAUAUUGGGGUACUAGGAGCACUCUUGCAGUCCAUGGCAUCUGGGGAUGCAGUACCUGCCCUGGCAGACAAUCACGGGUACACGUCAUUGCACUGGGCCUGUUACAAUGGUCAUGACAGUUGUGUGGAACUACUUUUGGAGCAGGAAGCUUUCCAGAAGAUGGAAGGAAAUUCUUUCAGCCCUUUGCAUUGUGCUGUGAUAAAUGAUAAUGAGGGUGCUGCAGAAAUGCUAAUUGAUACACUGGGUUCUGCCAUUGUCAAUUCAACAGAUGCGAAAGCAAGAACACCUCUUCACGCAGCCGCCUUUACAGACCAUGUAGAGUGCUUACAACUUUUGCUCAGCCAUAACGCACAAGUAAAUGCUGUAGACUCUUCUGGAAAGACCCCCCUAAUGAUGGCUGCAGAAAAUGGACAGACAAAUACAGUUGAGGUGUUGGUUAGCAGUGCUAAAGCUGAUCUGACCUUGCAAGAUAAGUGCAAAAACACUGCAUUGCAUUUGGCUUGCAGUAAGGGUCAUGAAACUAGUGCCUUGUUAAUACUGGAGAAGAUAACAGAUCGCAAUCUCAUCAAUGCCACCAAUGCAGCAUUGCAGACGCCUUUGCAUGUUGCAGCUCGAAAUGGAUUGACAGUUGUAGUUCAGGAACUUCUAGGGAAAGGAGCAAGCGUCCUUGCUGUAGAUGAGAAUGGUUAUACACCAGCUUUGGCCUGUGCACCCAAUAAGGAUGUGGCUGAUUGCCUAGCUCUCAUUUUGGCCACAAUGAUGCCUGUUUCAUCAAGCAGUACAUUACCUUCCCUUACAUUCAAUGCCAUUAAUCAUUACACCAACACCUCAAAAACGGUCACCUUUGACUCCUUGCCAAUUAUCAGGAGUGAACAUAGCUCUUACUGCAGUUUCAACAACAUAGGGAGAGAAGAUGGCUAUCCAUAUACAGAAGAAGAUGAACUCAAUGACUCAGAUUCUGAAACCUAUUGAGAAGCUUUAUUAGAAGCCUGAAAAGUGAAUUUGGUGGUUGAAUUUCAAGAUCGUGUUGUUGGAGAGAGCAGCCUUGUUGAGUAUAUAAAGGACAUCAUGAGGAGAGGUUCCAAAAAACGGUGGGAUGCACAUGAGGUGGUUGCGUGACUCCCCAAAGACUUUUCAGAAAAAAAGGUUAUGCAAAGAAAUAGCUUGGACUCCAUGGUGCAAAAAAUUACAUAGAAUGUCAUUUAAUUGCAGUGUGGUGGGUGCCAUGAAUAUUCCCAACAGGACUGCACCAUUGUCUGUAUAAACAAACAUGCAGUUAGACAACAAAGAGGGUGAUAGAUUAAAAUUUUAAAAAACUAAGACCAUUUUGAAGGCAAUAAUUGAGUUUGGUACAGAAGGCAUUGUUUGUGCAGCAAAUUGCCAAAGGACCAAAUAACUUAGACUUUUUUUAAAUUAAAGAAUACUUUUUUGAGAAAACUUGAAUAGUUUAAUAAGUAAUAGUCUUAACCAACCCUAAAAUUACUUCUGGCUAUUAAUCCUGGAUUUGGUUUUACAUGUUGAUUUGUUUUUAAUAUCUAACAGCCUUCCAACACUAUUAAAUGAAAUGUACCAUGAAAACAUGUUUUCAAUUCUUUUUUUCUCUUAAAUAUAAUGAAAAAGAACAUGACUCAAUCUUAAGUACUAAAGCUGUUAACUAGCUUAACCAAGAGUAGUCAGGGUCAUACGUGUAUAGUAUAACAAAGGAAGGGAAAGAGAGCGAUGCAGCAGUUUAUUGCACAGCAUUCUUUCAUUUACAAAGAAAAAAUUAAAAAAGAAGAUCCUGUUUUAAAGAUAUAUUUUUAUUCAAAAUAUGGGAUUGGUAGUUAUUUGGCAAAUGAAACUGCAUUGAAACAGAUUUGCAAUAUCCUGAUACCCUGCUAGGCUGCCUUAGGGAAACUUAAUUUUUCUACAACCGACUCGAUCCUCUACAUCUUAUAAUGGAAUGGAAUCUGUGCCUCUAUGGUGUAUAUAUAAUUUUUUUAAAAACCCUUCUUGAAUAUUAAGGCACAGGAUGUGGCUGGGAUGUGUAUGUGAUUUAAAAUGAUUUCCCUGUUAUCAAACAGGUGCAGUAUCAGACAGAUCUUUAGAAACAAAGUUCUUCAAUUUACAGUUUAUCAAAAUAUACAUGCCCCUUUGUUAUACUUAAAACUUGCCCUGAGUUUGUCUUAUUUAUAAAGGGUACUGUAAAAAAAGGAAGAAAGUUUUUUUUCCUGAAAUCUAAGAUACAAUUUGUUGGAAAAUUCACUUUAUUUGGUUCUGCUUUAAUUGGAAAGUAACAGUUCAAAUACUUGCUUACGUACAUGCAAGAACAUCUUGCAUGUUGAGAUAAAAACAAAAAUUGACCCCAACUUUCUUUUAUCCUUUUUGUAUUUGUGAAACUGGAAACCUUAAUACCAUUGUAAAUUAUCAGCUUGUUUUCUGAACAUAGUAUGGAAACACAGGACAGUAUUUUGAUCUAUUUGAUAAUUUUGUGGGUUUUUGAAGAAUUAAUGAGCAUGUACAUAGAAAUAGCGACUGCUUGAAUACUGUAUUUACCUGCACUCUUUCAGUACAUCAAGAUUCCUGUGUAUAUUUUACAGAGUAUAAUAAAGCCCAAAUGUGAGAGUUGUA